AUGGGUUGCGGGCUGCGAAAGAUCCGCCAGUCGGAGGACACCAGUCCAGGAAAGAUCUACUCCACCCUGAAGAGACCGCAGGUGGAGACCAAAGUUGGAGCGGCCUAUACGUACCGUCACCUGGACUUCUUGGUGGGGAAAGAGGAUGGGACGUCCACCCUCUGUCUGUCCUCCGUCAGAGAGCUUCCUUCUCAGCUGCAGGAGCUCUAUCAGGAUGGCUACAUCUUGGUCGCCGUCCAUCCCUUUGUCCAUCCGUGUGGUCCAGAACCAGCCAGCGUUCAGCGCCAGCUUUUCAGAGCCGUUCUAAUCCGGAUCUCUGAUAGUGUGGAGAAAAAUCAAACUGAUUUUGAACCCUACCAUCUGAAGUUAGAAGAGUGUCUGUCAGCUGAUCAGAUCCCGAGUCCCGAGCACAUCCAAGGCUACGUGAAAAAACAGAUCCAGGAUGCUGCUGAUCAGGGGAUCAUGUUUGUGGGCUUCCUCCAAGAGCCUGCAGGUCUCCACCUUUCCGUCCCAGGGCGGGAAAAACCGGAGGAGGUCUCUCUGUCCCUCCAUUCCAGCCUGAGUUCGUUGCAUAGUUCUGGGCCAGAACGUAGCCCGAGCCACGCGGGGGAGCAGGGAGACCCGUCCAAAACAGGAAGCCCAGGUACUCCCCUCUCAAAGUGUGAAGAUGGAGACGGGGGUGCGGCUCCGUCCGGGAACGGCGACGGCCCAGAGGACAGAAGUGGAGACGCUGUCUCCGAGGAAACGUCUGCUGUCCGACCGGCCGAAUCUUCUCGAGUAGACCCGGAUCGGCCAAAUAAGGACACGAAAGAGGAUGUGCAUUCCUACAACAACAACACGUCCAAAACCACUGAUCCCACAGAGAAACCAAACAGACCAUCACUUGCCAAGAAUGGAGCGGAGCUGUUUACCUUGUAUAACUACCCCGGGCGGAGAGAGGGUCAGCUCAAGUACUACACCAUCAAGGUCCCCCUGCGGGUGCAGUCGACUGAGGAGGGUGGAGUCCGUGGGGUGGAGGCCAACUGGCUGGAUCACAUGACCCAGCACUUUAACAAUGGCGCCUCGCUGGUGGACGGAUACUUCCACUUGGCUAGAGAUAAUGACCUUCAGCCCAAAUCUGUGGACAGCGUCUUCAUCUUCCAGGAAGGAUCUGACGGCGACGCUGCCUUCACCACCGCGUACGAUGCUAUAGUGGUGGAACAGUGGACGGUCAUUAACGGUGUGCAGGUGAAGACUGACUACAUCCCUUUGCUGCAAUCGUUGGCCUCCUACGGAUGGAGACUCACCUGUGUUCUCCCAACACCAGUCAUCAAGACAAACAGCGAUGGGAGCUUUGCCACCAAGCAGAUUGUGUUCCUCCAGAGGCCGGCUCUGCCUCGGAAAAAGAGAGAAUCCAAGAAACUCAUCUUCAAAACACGGAAUAAAUCCAACAAGAACUCGGUCAAAGACGCGCCAAAGAACAAAAAGAAGAAAAACUCCUCCUCGACCGAGAAGGUGAUGGACGAGCAGAAAAUCUGCGACGGAACGGCGAAGACGACCAAAGAGGAAGACGAGCGUUUGAGUGAUAGGAAGGAAAACAGGGAAGGAGAUGAAAAGCGAGCCGAGGUAGAGAUAGCUCGGAGAGGGAGCGCAGCGGAGAGAGAUGGAGAGGAGGGGAGUAAAGCCGGAGGACAGAGGAAGGAAGAUAAAACUGAAAAAGAGGCAGCGAAAGAGGAAGAGACGGAGACAGAGACGGAUGAAAAGGUAGGAGCGCAGAAUGACAGGCAAGAGAGUGACGUAGACACAAAAGAGGGAAGACAGGAAGAGCCAGAAACCGAAAGCAAGAUGGAGGGUGGGGCUGGGACGGAAGAGGAGGGUGAAGGAGAGGUGGAAAAUAACGAGGGAGAUAAAGCAACACCACAUGAGGAAGAGAAAAGCAAAACGGAGGUGAAAGAAGAACACAGAGAAGAACCAGAGGAGCAGUUUGAGGGGCCCGUUCCAAAUUAGCAUAUCUCACCUCUGAAGCCUGUACAGACUACGCUUGGGGGUGGGACUACAGAACAUACAAGUGCAAUCAACCAAUGAGAACAACUUUUGUCAAUUCAUUCUGACCUCCUUUUAGCCAAUGACGGGGAAAAUGACUUUCCACUCGCAGCUGAACCGUCCACCAAUGCACAUGAGCAAAACUUUUCUCUCACAGACACAGCUCUGUUUCCUGUGUCUGCAGGCAAGGUUGAGAGCAGAGAAUGCGGAUUGUUAAAGAAGCACUGGAUUUAUGUUCCACAUAUGAAAGUGAAUUAUGUGGAGUCCCUGACUGAUACACGGCACAAACACACUCCCUGCCCUCGCCUUGACCUCUGCUCUGAAUAAAUAAAAACAUAUUCACCUUAGUAAGUAUAGGGAAGAGAAGAACAUUACAGUGU